CAAUUCGCUUGGGCCUAUGACAGUGCUGCUUAAUUACAUUAAAGCGGAAGGAAUGUAUGUAAAAAAGUGGGAGACGGCGGCAAAAAGAGCUUUCGCACACUUUCCCAAUAUAGAUGAUAGCAUACUCCAAGCUAUAAAAGGGCCAAAGCCUGACGAAGUGUUCUCGACUAUUCAAGCAAUGGGGUAUUUGGCCCUAUUAACAAGCACAAGACAGGCAACGAGAAUGUUCCCACCCCCCUAACGCGUUCUAUAAAAUCUUAUCAUCCAGCCAAGUGAUAAGGGAAAACUUUACUUUCUCAGGCCCAGGGGCAUUUCUCUUUUAUAAGGAAUUUCAACGUACAAAGUGGACAAUGGAUGGGUUAACGUCGGAGGGGCAAGCUGCACAGAUAACAUACCAUUGUACUUUCGGGACAUAUAAGGAAGAUCUUAGCAUAUUAUCCCAAAUAACUGACUUCCAGAAUUGGUCCACGCGAGAGGAUUUUGGGGGAUGUACGCGAGGCAGGCCAAUACCUGUGGAAAGUCUGUAACAUUCAACCCAAUCAAGCAAAGAUACUACUCAAAACUCAGUGCUGCAAACCAGACGGGUUUUUUAACAUCAAACUACACGCAACUUUCAUCGAUUCCGGUAUUUAGCGGAAAAAGGAAUCAAACCUUUAAGCUAAAUUUCUUCGAGUAUAUUGCAGCAGCUGAAUGCGUGAUUAUUGUAACGACAUCUGUGAUUAUUAAUUUGUACCUGGCAUAACUUCCAGAAUGUUCUAUGCCGGGAUGUAUAUAAACCACCAUGUGCCGUGUGCCGUCCUUCAGAAAGUAAUAUAUACAGUUAAAGACAACAACGACGUAGUUAAAACCUUUUACGCUUCCUAAAAUUAUAACACGCUCCUUUCGUAAUAUGUUAGUGAUCAUGAGCCUUUUAAUGGAGCAGGCGGAAGAAGAACUUUGAUCCUCGAAUUCAGAGGUCGCCGAAAACGCGGUGCCGCGACUCGAGAGAAAGCGAGAAAUACAUAUAGUUCAGAACUCUGUAAACAGACUUGAGGAAUCUCAGACCCUAACAGCGAAUGGGAAUCGGCCAUUUGUUUUUAUAUAGCUGUUUAACUACCAGAACAUGCAAUUACCAAGUAUUUAUUCACUUUAUCGGUCGUCACUGGUCAUAGUUGAGCCUGAAUUAAUGCUUGUAUACAUAUGUAAGAGUAUCUGCGACGCUUAGAGGCGAGUUCAACUACUGCCUUUCAUACGAUCCAACAUUAAUAUCAGUCUGACUAGAAUAGCUUUGAUCUUAAUAUGCACUUAACGCAUGGUUUGCGCAAUUCUACAUCGAUAUCGGAUUUUUUACGACUCUCUUUGAAACCGUUAAUUUCAAUUCGUUACUAAGAACUACGGUUCAACAGUCGUAUGUUAUUACUGAUCUACACUUUCGAUGUUUAUUAUACCGAACGUGAUUUUCUCCGUUAUGCUAGUAAGUCGCGUUAUUUUUAUUUCGACAUACUGAAAUCGAGAUCUCGCACGAACGAAAAAUAGUUUUGCUUCACGAACGAACGCCGACUCUGCACGAUUCUACAUUUCCUGAAUCUUCGAAUUUGCGAUUACCCCUCGUAAAAUAUACUACUAUCGUUUUAGUCGUAUCUCGUAUUGUAAUAUAAUACAUAUAUGCGUUCAAAUGUUAGAAACUCCCUUCGUUCGAGGCAGGGGUGUAUGUAUCACCUCGACUGUAACAUGGAAUUACGUUACGUGCAAGAAUACAUUGGCUGAUAUACACAUCCAUAUGUAUGUACAUAUCACACCUUUGUUUCGGUAAGAUUGUACAAAACAAGUGGUGAAAAGGGGCAUGGAAGAUGACUCCAAGGAGCCAUUUUACCGAGUAGUUAAUGUACACGAUACAAAGCAGACAUAGGGAACAACUUUCAUCAUAGCACAAAGCUGAAACACGCGAUGUGUUUUCUCUCUCGACUUCAUUUUGGUAAAAGAAAUGAAACGAUAAACUGGUGGUCUCCGGGUGGGUAUUUUAGUCAAUACGUACACUCGCGUUAGUGAAAAACUACUUCACAGCAGAUAUAUCCACAGGACACUCUCCUACGUACGAUAGCGAAAGAUAUACAUACAUAUAUGCAAAUUGAUCAAAGCAAUGACCGCAUAUGGAUGCACGAAAGGUUGACGUUGGAACGUUCGUGGGGCCAAGAUGUUGUUGGAAUCAGCUAUUUUAUUCAUUACUCUUCAGUUCUCUGUUACUAUUCCUUAGCAACACUAUGACGCCCCUUCACGAAUUUAGAAGAAUAACAGAUGCAUGUAUCAGAAUGCCAAAAUUAUCAGAAUAUUGAAUCAUGUUGGAUACUAGCGCGAGAAUCCUGCCCCUCCUCGCGCCUUUAACAUCCAUUCGGUGUAUUUUUAGUCAGAAACUCAAUGUAUACGUCACGCGAACGUUGUGUGGGAGUAUCUGAAAUCUCAUUGGUUGGUCGUUCAUACGGGCAGACUAUUUAAACAUCUCGCGUUUCCACGAUCGAGUCAGAUAGUCGAAUUCUUUCGUCAACAGCUACAAUCCGUUUCGACGGAGAAAAAUUCGGAGUUGUCUCCCGAUUUGCCGAAUCAACGUUCCCGAAAACACGACACGAUGUCGGUGGUACCUCUAAUAUUUCGCGACUGGUGGGACGAUUUCGAUCGACCAGUGUCCAGAUUGAUGGACCAGCAUUUUGGCAGAGGACUGGACCGAGAUGAUCUGGUAUCUAGAUUCUCUGAUCUAAGUCUCGACAGACCCAUGCGCUCGAUGAUUGGCAACAGAUACUACCGUCCGUGGAUGAACAUUCCGCGACAACGCUCGACCGGAUCUAGCACGGUGCAGAUCGACAGCAAAGACAACUUCCAGGUAAUAUUGGACGUUCAGCAAUUCUCACCGGAAGAAAUCACGGUGAAGACUGUCGAUAAUAACGUUAUCGUCGAAGCCAAACACGAAGAGAGGCAAGACGAACACGGAUUUGUCAGCAGACGCUUUGUACGCAGAUACAUCCUGCCUCCAUCUUACGACGUGAUCAACAUUACCUCGAGCCUUUCUUCGGAUGGUGUCCUAACUAUCACGGCACCCAAAAAGGUCGCGACGCCUAGCGGAACCGAACGAGUGGUCGAAAUUGUGAAGACUGGGGAACCCGCGAGCAAACCUAUCAAAAUAGAAACUACCACGGAACAAAAUUAAAUGGUAUUAUCUUAAAAGAAGGUUCUACGUUGCGUUUAUUUUUAUAUUUAAAUUUGUAUUAAAUUCUUUGUAUAGCACAAUGUAUUUAGUAACAAUUUUGUAACAAUACAAUACUAUAGAAUCGUACACAGAAUAUUAAAAAAGUAUUUAAAAAUUUC